AGGAGAGAACCAAGGCUGGCCGUGAGCCUGGGAGCGCAGCGGCCACGGAAGAGGCGGCGGCAGGCGGGAGCGGCGGCGGCACAGGCUCGGGGCCAGCCGGGCGCGCAUCCCCGGCGCCCUGCGCUGCGGAGAACUCGGAGGAGCGUGGGAGCCGCGAGACACCAGUGGACAAAGCAAGAUGGCAGGGAUCUUAGCCUGGUUCUGGAACGAGAGGUUCUGGCUCCCGCACAAUGUCACCUGGGCAGACCUGAAGAACACAGAGGAAGCCACCUUCCCGCAGGCGGAGGACCUCUACCUCGCCUUCCCCCUGGCCUUCUGCAUCUUCAUGGUGCGGCUCAUCUUCGAGAGAUUUGUGGCUAAACCUUGUGCCAUAGCCCUCAACAUCCAGGCCAAUGGACCACAAAUUGCCCAGCCAAAUGCCAUUCUGGAAAAGGUCUUCACUGCGAUCACAAAGCAUCCUGAUGAGAAGAGGUUGGAAGGGCUCUCCAAGCAACUGGACUGGGAUGUUCGGAGCAUUCAGCGCUGGUUUCGACAAAGACGUAACCAGGAGAAACCCAGCACCCUGACUAGAUUCUGUGAGAGCAUGUGGAGAUUUUCAUUUUACCUCUAUGUAUUUAGCUACGGAGUCCGAUUCUUGAAAAAGACCCCUUGGUUGUGGAAUACAAGACAUUGCUGGUAUAACUACCCCUACCAGCCACUCACAACUGACCUUCACUACUAUUACAUACUGGAGCUGUCGUUUUAUUGGUCUUUAAUGUUUUCCCAGUUCACGGAUAUCAAAAGGAAGGACUUUGGCAUUAUGUUCGUGCACCACCUUGCAAGCAUUUCCCUGAUUACCUUUUCAUAUGUCAACAACAUGGCUCGAGUAGGGACUCUGGUCCUCUGUCUUCACGACUCAGCUGAUGCUCUUCUAGAGGCUGCCAAAAUGGCAAAUUAUGCCAAGUUUCAGAAAAUGUGUGACCUCCUGUUUGUUAUGUUUGCCAUGGUUUUUAUUACCACAAGGCUCGGCAUAUUUCCUCUCUGGGUGUUAAAUACCACAUUAUUUGAAAGUUGGGAAAUCGUUGGACCUUACCCUUCCUGGUGGGUUUUUAACCUGCUGCUGUUGCUAAUACAAGGGUUGAACUGCUUCUGGUCUUACUUGAUUGUAAAAAUAGCUUGCAAAGCUGUUUCAAAAGGCAAGGCUGGGAAGUGGAACCCUUUACAUGUGUCCAAGGAUGAUCGAAGUGAUAUUGAAUCUAGCUCAGAUGACGAGGAUGCAGAACCUCCAUGGAAGAACCCCCACACCACUACAACCACCAAUGGGACCAGCGGCUCCAAUGGUUAUCUCCUCACUGGUCCGUGUUCCAUGGAUGACUAAUUACUCAAAACUAUGAGUCCCAAACAAAGUGAACUGUUUGUUCCUGGAAGUAUUUAAUAAGUUGCAAAUGCAGUUCCUUUCACAAUAUCUCAUCACCAGAAACAAAAAUUAGGAUCAUCAGAGCAUUCUGUAUAGUGUACUGCCAUUUGUCCUGUCUGUGAAUGAAGAAGAAAUACCAUUCUCUAUAUGUAGGCAUGCUGUAUGUGAUUGACACAAGGGAACAGUAUUUGCAUUUUUACUGUCUUAGAAUAUUAUUUAUUUUUUGUAUUUGUUUGUAAAUCUGUGGACAAAUGAGGAUUUGCUCUCUCCUUUUAUUCUCUGGGCUCAUGACUGACCACGAAGGAGAUGCUCCAUCGCUAUUCCCCUUUCUCUUGCAGUAGUCCAGUAUAGCAUCAGCUUAGUUUAUCAUUUAGAGCAAGCAAAACCCUGUACAAGAGCCUCACACAGCUCCACCUAGGCUGGCUUUCUUUGUGUUGCUGUGCCCAUUGUACAGUUUCUCAUAUAGUCAGUGACCAUUCUCCCAGUAAUGUCUGAAUGAACUAGGUGUUUUGUCACUCUUCGUGGUCAGUUAGCAGUUCAAAUCAAAGAGGAUGAGUAUUAGGAGACUUUUAAAUUUUAUAUAAAAUUGCUUUGGAAUAGAGUACGUUUCUUGUGCACCAAGUUAAGAUUUCUUUGGAGUGGUGGGUAGUUGGGAGUUAACCUUGUUGAUUACAAAAUUGUUUUACCCUCUCUGAUGAGACCAGUGUUCUGAAUCUGAAGGAAGGUAAUUUGCUUAAGCUCACAGACACAAAAUAACCUUAAUAUUUGGAAUAGAGAUAACAACUGAUUUCAACCAGAUUUUGCCAUUACUCCUUUAAUGAGCCAAGUCUUCUGUCAUACCAUGUAAAAAAGAAGAUAAGAGUAUUUGAGACAGAAAAAGGAUGUUUCGAGAGUUGGCAAAGACUACCUUCAGUGCAAAGCACUUUAUUGCAACUAGCUUUCAAGAAAAAGCCCUGUCUAGUAUUUGUCUUGUUUUUAGUUUGCUGAGCAAAAUAAAGCCAAUGUGAGAAAGACCCAUUUACCCAUUGCUUCUCUCCUUAGAUGUAGCCUGCAAUGACUUCCUCGUUGCUGGAAACAGCAGCCUUGCACCCCAAGUUCUUUUAUUUACUGCUCUGACUACUCAUGUGGUAUCUAAGAAUUUUUGUUCAAGUGGAGCUAUUUCCAGAAAAACAACAAAAAUUCUCAUGGGCGAUGGCAAUAUGGGUAGUGAGAAAAAUUUGAAUAGCAAGUGUCUGCAGGUUUCCUGCUCCACAGUAUUACUGGCCUAUGAAAGCCAAGGUUUUAAUCUCAUCUCAUCUUUAGUAAAAGAGAAUGAAAUAGGGUUAUAAAUGCCUAUAAAUCAAACGUCACCUAAAACAGGAAUCCAAAACAAGAGUGCAAUAAUAUAAAUAUGUGAACCAGGGCACUGGGCAGCCAGCAGCAAAGUACUAGAGUGCAUAUCUGUCCUACUUAAAGCCAUUCGCAUUUGACUGUUUGGACAAUAGGAUCUGUGCACCCAUACUUUGAAGCCUAUGAGUUAAUAGUUAAAACUCCCAAAGAACUCUCACUGCAUUAUUAGAUCUUUCUCCACCCAGUUGCAAAACAGUAUUUCUUGGUAUGGUCCAGAUAAUAAUUAAAGAAGCUUGGGAAAAUGUCUCCUAGUUAAUGUAGAAGACACUGCAACCAAUGAUAUGUGUAGAGCCUUACUGCUGCAUUUACCAAAAUACAUGUCUAAGAGAGAAACUUGGAAAUGGUUGCAUUUAUGAGACCAGUCAUAAAACACCAAAGGCAUUGUUAGUCAUCAGAACAUCUGCUCGAGUGCAGAUGUCUAAGAAGUAAUAGCAAGCAAAUUGAAACAGUUUUGAGAAGGUGAAGCUGCCUUGUCUAAAUAUGGACCAUAGUCACUCACUUUAGUAUUUGGACAGAUCCUCCCCAGUGGGUGAAAUCAACUUGAAAACCAUUGUAUAUUUGAGUUUGAACCAUAUGACACUCUUUAGCACAAAAGAAUAACUUCGAGAUCAGUUUGUAAAUUGAAAAGUAAUAUGUUAAAUGUAGUUUGGUUCCGUCUGUACAAAAGGCAGGUCUUUUCCACAGAAAGAGGACCAGAAAUACUGUUUCUGACUGAUCUCAUUAACUUGACAUGGCCUUCUACAUGUCUAUACAUUUUUGUUUCAUUUUACAAUCUAAAGAAAAUAAUUCUGUUUUGUUAGUUGAAAUGGAGUUUACAGGCUUUUUCUGGUAUAGAAUAUUAAUAUCUGUCUACUGGUCUCCCAUAGUAGCCAGAGAAGACAAGAGAGGUUACUGUGUAAGGAAUCUUAUCCGCCUGUGCCGGGCCAGAGCUUUCAGGGGUGUGAUUUGUAAAUUCAGCUGUAGGUUAGUUCAGCGUGCUGUUCUUGUUAAUUAGCUUAGCCUGUGGUAAUGUCUCCUUCCUCCUGAUCACAUUCAAAUUUCCCAGGGUACCAAGGUAUAGAUAGAAAGGACUCUAGAAAAAGUAAUCUUUGAUCCCCAAUGUUAUAACUUAUCUAGAUUUAGUGUGGGGGGGAGUAGGAAAUCAAGUAGAAUUUGGCCUUGAGUCAAUAAAUGAUAUAAACGUGUGUGGUAUAUGUAUGUAUAUGUAUGUUUUUCCAAAAACUGUUAAAACCAAAAUGUCACUGAUUCGUCAUUAUCCAUUAUCCAUUCUUGACAUUUAAAAAAAAAAAAAGAAAAUACCCACCAUGUACAACAGAAGCUUCCCUUCUUUGCUUCCCACCAGUUGAGUGUGGUAAAACCCAGGUCCUAGAGCACCCGAUGUCACACACAAGACAAACACAGUUCACUAUCCCAAAUUCAGUCCUGUGAAUGUUGAGUGUAGAGAAGUGACUAUCAGUAUUGUGGAUUAUUCAAAUGUUGUAAAAAUGCAAAUGAUUUGACAUUUAAACCCAGGAUUCAAAUGCUGCUGAACUGUCAGACAGAUGCUGUCCUCAACUACCGUCAGAUAGUACCACAAACAUCUGACAGAAGAUGAACAAGGCAGAAAAGGCAGGGAACAACCAAGAUCAGAUGCUCCAAAUGUCACGUUCCUCUCUGAGCACAGGCGUGCACUGUGUAACAGUGCUGCAGUCAGGCAUGGGUUGAACAUGCUGUGGUCCCAAAAGAGACUAGCACAGACUCGGUGUAGGGCAGGCUGUUCCAUCUGGUUGUGUGUAAAUACACUCAGUAAGGUCCACAGGAUAACAAAAUCAGUUAACAACUCUUCUCAGAAUGUCUUUGACAUUACGUGACAUAUGACUGUACUUGACAGAGUUUGGAUUUGAGCAAAAGUUUGAAUUUGCCUUCAAGUCAGGCAGAAUGGGUCUCAAGCUUCCUCCUUGCAUUCAAAUCUCAUUGUUAUUUGGGCUAAGUAAAAAUAAGACUUCAUUUCCAUUUCCCUGAGUCUUUGCUAACGAGUUCUUCAGAGAGAAUUUGUGGGCAGCCAUAACUGCCCCCAAUCCAUUGAGCAUUUUGUAUUAGUAGCCAUUUGGGGCGUGGAGGCUGAUGCCAAAGUUGCCUGAAUAUUUUGACUAUUUCUCUUUGAAAUAUCAUUUCAAGUAUAAAAAAUAUACAGAAUAACUCCAACAUUGUUAAGCGGUUCUGUUUACCAGUGUGUAAGAUAAUGUCAUUACAUCCAGAGAUGCUUCAAGAAAUCCUUUGGAAAUAAAAGGCUAAAUGUUUACAUUUCAUAUGAUAUUUGAGGUAGUAAGAUUCUAGUUUGCUUACUUUUCUUUUUUAUCUUUGGCUGAUUUCUGCUUUGGAGAUAAGUAAUUUUAACCCAAAAUGUUUCUAACAUCCAAGUAAGAAAAAGUCAAAAAAGAUCAAAGUCAGCCUGAUAGGAAAGUGAUCUCUUUGUGCUUCCACAUUCUUGUGUGGAGAAAAAGAAGUGCGGAGAGCUCUGAUUAUUGACUUGCCAUCCAGCAUGCUGUCCAUGGCGGCAAUGAUCCGAAACAGUUCAGGAAUCACAAAUGGUUCUUGAAGAAAGUGCAGCAAGAUUUUUUUCUUAAAUAUUUUGUCCCUAGAAUCAGCUUUUCUUGGUGAGUUGAAAUUGUGCCAUUCUCAAAUUGCCACAGAGUCAUUAGCACCACUGCACCAGUCAGGUUCUAGUACACGCAGCAGUGGGCCAGAGAAGGACCAUGUGGUUUGCCUUUGUGUGCAUAGCACUGCUUGCCCCUAGGAGGCACACAGCUGAGGAGCCCUGGCCACUCUGUUGCUGAAACAACUCUAGUCAAUAUUCACACGUAGCCACUUUCAUGAAGAAAAUUAUAUUGAAGAAUAUAAAUAAUCAUAAAUGUUGCUAAUGAAAUAUGGAGACAGCCAGAGAAGAACCUUAGUCUUUUCAGGUAUUUGCAGCUUGAGUUCCACUCAAGCCUUUAAAAGGAAUACAUUGGCAAACAGUAUAUUAAGACCAACCCUGUCAAGUCAAAGAAAUUGAAAAAGCAUCUGUUGCCAGAUGACAUUUGGAGUCUACAGGAAAUUGAGUGUUCUCAGGAUGACCCAGGAAGUGAUGAGAGGGCCCCAUUAGCCUAGGGUGUGUCUGUACCUCAUUCACUCACAGUCCUUCUAGACUUCUAGAACACUCUAAUAAAAGGAAACCAGAAUGUUGACAUUCUUCUGUUUUCCGUUCACCAGUAACCUUUAGAUCAGCUGUGUGCUCACACUUCUUCCUCUGCCUGGUCGCAUUGCCCGUGUAUUGUGUUUACUUAACACUAGUCCACAACUGCUUGGUUUCCUGUGUUGUUGUGUGUUACAUGGCCUGGGAACCAAGGAACAGCAGUUGUUACCUCUGCUGUGUUCAGAGAAAAUUUUUUUCAUUUAUAUUUUUGUCCUUUUUAUCUACAGUAAUUGUUAUAAACUAUCUGUAAAAUUGCCCUUAACACGAAGAGUUUUUUUUUAAUAUUAACUGUAAAAAUAAUUAUUACAAUAACAACAAAAGCUCUGGAACAGGAACAAUUAUAUGAUAAUUCUCGAGCUUUAGCUCAAAACUUCAUUAAUAUAAAUGUGGGAAACACACUCGGGCUUGAUUUCCCUUAAGCUGGCAAUUUUCACCUCUUCUUUGCCUACAUUGUAGUUGUUUACCUUCAUGGUCAUUUGCUAUCGUGGAAAAGGGUACCAGUUAGUUUGGGGAUUUGAUUUUUUUUUUUCUUUUUCAAUUUUCAAUGAGAAAUAGCUGACAAGACCUUAUUUGUUUUAAGACGAUUCAGUGCUUAAACAUCUCUGUCAGAAAUGGAAUGAUGUACCAUUAGCUGAUUAGAAUUACUUCAUGUACUGUUACUGUGUUUUGCUGAUUAUUAUAUGGAAAUAUAAUUAUUCAUUCUUGAUCUCUGGAAGUAAUUGUUAUUAUGAGGAUCAUUUUACUUUGGAAACAGUUUCAUAAUAAAGAUAAGUAUUAAGAA